GGCCCCGACCCUGCCUGACCCUGCUCCGCGAUGCGCUCCUCGCUGCUAGCGGCGCUGGCGGCGGCUCUGCUGCCGUGGGGCUCCGUCGCCUCCUCGUCUUCCUCGUCGCUCUCCUCCUCCGCCACCGCCAGCAGCGGCACGCCCUGCGAUCCGCACUACGAGCGGCGCAACGCCACCACGGGCCGCUGCGACUGCCGCGAGGGCUUCAGCGGCUUCGGCUGCCGCAUGUGCACGGCCAGCGGCGCGCUGGACGCCGCGGCCUCCGACGUGUGCGGCGCCGCCUUCGGGCCCGACUACUCGUGCGUCACGGGGCUCCGCUACGACGCGCACGCGACGCUCAAGACGUACGGCUGCUCGCUGUCCUCGGACCUGCAGGCGCUCUUCCCGGACGGCGCGAUGGACGUGCGCUGCGACCGCGACGCGCAGGGCGUGGCCAACUGCACGGCCGCCGUGUUCAAGGCCAAGGAGACGGUGAACAGCGUGCACGUCAUUGACUGCAACAUCACGCAGUGCGCCUUCGCCUCGGGCGACGCCGACGGCCAGUGCGCGCAGAUCGACUGCAAGUGCGGCCCGCAGUGCUCGGCCAUGACCAAGGCGCUCGUGGAGAGCACGCUGAGCGGCAAGCCCGCCAAGAUCGAGGUCACCAACGCGACGCAGCUGGCCAUCGUCAUCGAGGGCUCACCCAUCCCGCUGUCGGCCACGUGCACGGCGUCGGCGUGCGAGCGCACUGGGGGAGGCAGCAGUAGCGCCUCGGGGAGCGGCAGCUCCGGCGGAGGCUCCGGGGGGAUCAGCGGCCUGUGGGUCGCCAUUGUCGCGUGCGCAGCUGUGGCGGCGACGCUGCUGCUGUGCGGAUGCGCGUGCUCCUGCUGCCUGACUGCGAGCAUCCGCCGCGGCCAGAAGGAGGACGUGGAGACGGAGAUCCUCAAGUUCACGUCGCGAUCGGCAAAUGUGCUCGAGUUCCGUCAUCUGAGCUGCUACGCGGACAGUAGCGGGGAGUCGUCGACGACGACGGCUGGCGAUGAGCCCAAGCGCAUUCUGCACAAGAUUUCGGGCAGCGUAUCGCGCGGCCAGGUGCUCGGUCUGCUGGGCCCGAGUGGCUCGGGCAAAACGACGCUGUUGAACGCCCUGGCAGCGGUGGAGAACGGCCGGUCGCAGUUCGCUGGCGAGAUCUUGCUGGAUGGCAAGCAGCUACCGAAGGAAUACCGCCGGAUUGCUGCCUACGUGCAGCAGGACGACUCGUUGUACUCGACGCUCACUGUGCGCGAGUGUAUUUCGUACUCGGCCCAGCUCCGUCUUCCUCCGACACUGUCGGAUCGAGUGAAGAAUGCGAUGGUGGAUCGUGUCAUCGCAGAACUCAACCUUACUCACGUCGCGAACUCGCGCAUUGGCUCGGUCGGAGGAAGCAGUGGACGACGCGGUGUGUCUGGCGGUGAGAGGAGACGCGUGAGCAUCGGCAUGGAGCUUGUAACAUCGCCGCAGAUCCUUAUUCUGGACGAGCCCACGUCUGGGCUCGACAGCUCUUCAGCUCACUCGGUAGUGCAGCUCGUGAAGGAUCUGGCAGGUCACGGGCGGAUCGUCGUGCUUAGCAUUCAUCAGCCCAGCGCGCGCUCUUUCGUGUUACUCGACAAAAUCAUGCUGCUUGGAAAGGGGAAACUGCUGUAUAGUGGGGCUCCUGCUGAAUCCAAGAGUUACUUCCAAGAUCUGGGUUUCAAGUGUCCAGAGGUAUGUAUUGGUGUUGUAUUUCCCUCCGAGCGUUGAUGUUCACGUUAGAUUAUCUAACUGCGGGGAUGUCGUACGUGUGUCUACAGCACGAGAACAUAGCGGACUUCAUUCUAGACAUCGCGUCUGACAAAAACAACAUCCCAAUGAUCCGGUCACACAUGAAGCGUGAACCUUCUCCCCUCUCUUCAAAACCUGCACCAAUGGCGUCAAGUUCGCGGAUUCGAUUGCAAAACAUCACCCCGCUAUUCACCAUCGGCAGCCCGACGCCGAGGGCGGAGUCUUCACCGUUCAUGAAGGAGGAGGUGUCUCUUGACACGCCGCGCAUGGACAACAUGUUAGCGUCGCCGGUGAGUGCAGGGACACCCAAGGAGCCGAGCACGUUGGGGAUACCAACUACGCCUGGCACGCCACGCAGCCCACCACCGCUUUUUAUGGCUGAGACCGAGACCUCUCCCCGAUCGAUGCUCAUUGAGAUUCGAGUACUCUUUGUGCGAACGGCGCAGAACAUCCUCCGUCACCGAUCGCUGCUUGUUCUGCACAUUGCGCUGAGCUUGUCGCUGGCUUUGUUUGGCGGGCUGAUCUUCAACCACGUGACCAACGACCUCGCUGGGUUCCAGAACCGCAUGGGCGCAUUUUACUUCAUCCUGACUUUCUUUGGAUUCGCGAGCAUGAGCUCCAUGGACCUGUUCAUUGGCGAGCGACCCAUUUUCCUUCGCGAGACCGGGGCUAUGUAUUAUGGGGCGUUCAGCUACUUCCUUGCCAAGGCCACCCUGGACACGAUGUUGUUGCGGGUGCUACCUGCUUCGCUCUUUGCGAGCAUCUUCUACUGGAUCAUGGGACUGCAAGCCAAAACGGAGCGGUUCCUAUUGUUCUCGCUCACGUUGGUGCUCUUCAACGUGGCGGCCGGUGCUAUUUGCCUCCUGGUUGGCGUGCUUUCAAGACGUGUUGGGCCCGCAAACCUCGGAGCGACCGUUGUUCUGCUAGUCAUGCUGCUGUUUGGCGGGUUCCUUCUCAACUCGCAGACCAUGCCAACGUCUGUGGGGUGGCUCAAGCACCUAUCAAUCUUCAGCUACGCGUUCGAAAUCCUCAUGACCAACGAGCUGAAAGGCUUGAUUUUGAAGUUCGACGCUCCCGGAUACCCGGCAGUUCCUGUCUACGGUGAGGUAUACCUCAAGACUCUCGGCAUGGACUAUGCCAACCGGUAUUACGACGUUACCGCGCUCG